AUGGUGCUAAGCCUGAGCGAGGGGCGCAGAGGGGCCUGUGUGUGUUCACAGCUGUCAGAGGGCUUGAGUGUGUGUCGAGUGUGUGUGUGUGUGUGUGUGUGUGUGUGUGUGUCCGUGUUGCUCCAGCCACAAUCACUGUUCCUCCUUGAAACCCACCGCUAAUCCCCUUUACUUGAUAACACGCUUCUGGACAACACACACACACAUCCAUACUCCCAGCUCCCGAUCCCCAGCCAGCUGUCUUUUGACCAUCAGCCUCCCUCAAAGUCACAAUCCACUCUAAUUGGCCCAUUAGUACCAGUCACCACCACCAUCAAGUGUGCUGUGCUCUCAUCUUCACUCUUAGGUGACCUAUUGUUCGAAAUACUAUCACAACCAUGUAUCAAUCGCUGAGAUAAAAUGGUAACAGAACAUACAAAAUUUCAGUGACAAAGCCUUUGAGUCUUAUCCUCUGAGUAUGUUCAUAUUUAGUCUGUUUCUUCUUUUAAACAAAACUCUCAGACAGGUUUUGGGACUGAAUGUGUGGCUUUUGGUCCAGGAGAGAAGAGGUAGAGGAGAGCUUUCCUCAUCCGAGAGGCGACACAUUUAUUUGUUUUGGCUCGGCCAGGCAGCAGAUAUAUUCAGCAGCUUUAGUCCCGACAGGAAUGCAGCUGCCUGGACACCCGGCCCAUGCUUGAGUUGUCGGUUACCUUGCUGAGCCUGCCGUGGUCGAAAUAUGGCAUCUGAUUUGCUCCUGUUUCACCCGUCUGAACGCACGCACGCACACACACACAAUGUCUGUCUCCACAUUUCAUUAACACCAUGUCAAGUCUGUUAGUUCUGUGGUUGUGCUGAGGGAGUGCUGUUGGGCUACAGAAGUCUUGUCUGUCAGCUAUUUGUGUUUUGCGUGUGUGAUAUGACUUCUGAGGGGAGAGGUUUGUUAUUUCCAGGAAAACAAAUUGAAAGCAGUACUCUUUUGAUUUCUCCUGACAUGCUCGUGUUGUUACAUAGCACGAUGCUAUGUAUUUUAUUUAACAGCGAGAGAGAACAGAACGAAACAUUCCAACCAUGGAUUAAUAUAACUAGCAUUAUACCAUCACACCAAUGUUUAGAAUGAAUGGAACAAGGCCUUUCUUUUAAGUUGCAUUUGAAUCUCCCGUCCAACAACCAGAGACAUGCUCCAUCUAAAAACAUGAAAGCACCAACACACUUAACUUAAUUGUGCUUUUGGAGGAGAGCAUACCAGAUGACAUAUCCAUCAAAAACAUGAAGCACCAAUCACAAUUAACUUAAAGCAGAGAGCUAAUUCGCCUAUUACAGUAAAAGACGGGCAACGAGGAGAAUAGCAUAGAGGCGACUAGCAGAAACAGAGACUCUGCUCUCUUCUUCUCUCUCUUCUCUCUCUCUCUCUCUCUCUCCUCUCUUCUCUCUCUCUCUCUCUCUCUCGUCUCUCUUCUAUCUCUCUGUGCUCUCUCUUUCUCUCUCUCUCUCUCCUCCUCCCCCCCCCCCCCCCCCCCCCCCCACAGCAAGCUGUUAAUCCUAGACAUGUGGCUGGGUUAGUGUGUAGACUAGACGUCCCGAGGAAAGGAAAGGAGGAGCGUCAGAGAGGACCCUGACUGGCUGUCUGAGAAAUGAGAGAGAGGCCCCUGGUUUAAUCUCCACCCUGCCUGCCUGCCGACGGAGCGUCAGAUGGCUCUGACAGAGUGAGACCAGACCAGCCCACUGAGCCCAGAUUAGGGGGCUUUGGACUUCUUAAAGCUGCUCGCUUCUUUUUUCUCCUCCUCCUUCACGUUUAUCUCUAUACUGGGAUUCCUUCCUUGGCUUGGCCGGUCUUCACCUCACAGCUACCCCUCCCCCCGGACCCGAACCAGUUCCUCAAAAUACUUACUGGUACUUAACCUGGCUAGACAUUGAGAAGAGUGGCUUAAUUAGGCAGCUUGUGGCUGUUUCCAGGGUGGAAAGAAAGGAAAGGACUCCGUUAGUUAGCGAACUGUAGAGUGGUUAGAGUACUGUCGAGUUGGUUAGCGUACUGUAGAGUUGGUUAGAGUACUGUAGAGUUGGUUAGCGUACUGUAGAGUUAGUUAGCGUACUGUAGAGGUGGUGUAGGACGGUGGUGGAUUUUGUAGCUGAAGCCCUGGGUGCUGGAGUUGGAGCCUGACUGUAUGGCUGGUGGACAGUGCUGCUCUCAGCCACUCAGCUGGACGGUAGGAGGAGGGUGAGGGCAAGACAGGGGCACAUGCCUGUACGCUUCAAUUAAUUAAACCAAAGCAUUCUUGACUGUUUUCCAGGGAUUUAAAGUACAGCUUAAUGGGCCUAGCAGAACAUAUGGUAUAUCUAUGUUUGUGGAUAGCUGGAGUUGACAUGCUGCAUGUUUUUGUUGACACAUACUUGAUAUCCGUGCAUGGAAUACAAAGACUACAGGUGUAUUUAUUGGCUUGUCAACAUAGUAAGAACAUCCAACAGGGCUGUGUGAUUAUUGUUCAACCUGAGUGACUGGUAUCUUGUGGGAAAACACUUGUUGUUCUGCUUGUGUGUGUCUGUGUGUGCUUGUUUACAUGAAGGCCCCCCUAGACCCCCCUACACACACACACACACACACACACACACACACACACACACACACACCUCCAGUCCUGAGCAGAGCACAGAGAGACAAUGACAGGAAAUACAUUAGCAGGACCUCCAUUGUAUCUCCCCAUACGUCCUCAUUUCCUGUAUAGGAGUCAGUCUGGGUUGUCGUGGUGCUGGGGGAGGAGGAGAGGCUGGAGAGGGGAAACCUCUACCCAUGUCCUCCACCCCCUGGAGCUGCUGUCCUCUAGAGGGGCUAGAUGAGGGGGGGGUCUGUCUCGGUCUGGCCACAGGUGGAGAGGGCGUAAUCCAGCUCCCUUCUGCUGCCUGUCUGCCUGCCUGACUGGAUGGGUGGCUGGCUGGCUCUCUGGCUGUCUAACUCUAGUCAGAAGACCUCUGUGCGCUGUGUGAUAUCAAACUGUGUCUGCUGCUUCCAUGCCCCUGUGAUGGGAUAAACAAUGGCUUGGGUCCUGGAGCAUUAGGCUGUCUGUCCUGCCGUCAGGCUGAUGUGUACAUAGCGUUAUACUGUGACCUGUCUCUCUGUUAGCCUGCUUGACCUCCCCAGGCUAAUUGCGAGCUUGGGGAGGAAGUGUCUGGUGCGUGAGACUACUGACCAGGCUGUACUGACCCUCACCGCUCUCCCUCUCUCCAGGUGUGCCACCACCCAGACUGCUUGGACCUGAACAACAAGAGCCCUCUUCACCUUUGUGAGUCAUGUGACUCCCGCUGCCACCUGGAAGAAACAGACAUGCACUUUGACCGGCACCCCCGCUUUGACCUGCAACCCCAAGGUACACAACACUACCCACCACAACAGUUACACACCCAGACUUCCUCCCCACUACAUUUAGUGCCCAAUCCUACACUCAGGUCAGGUCAUAUGCAGUGUUGGGAGUAGUGAACUACAUGUAGUUCAAUUAGUAAUUUAACUACAUUUUGUAGUAGCUUGGUGGUAGUUUAACUAAAUUCACAUUUUGGUAGUGUUUUCAGUAGUUAGCUACACCGCUACAUGGCAGAAAAGUGACUAACUACUGGAACUACACACUACUUUUUUUUUUCAAGUAGGCAAUCAUUUCCUUUCUUUUUUGGCAUCAGACCUGCCUAAUUCUCACUUGAAACAGUUUUUGUAUUUAAUAGACUAAAUUACACAUUCUGUCAGCAUCUGACUCCAGAGUGAUCUGUUCUUGCAAUUUGUAGUCUAUGACAUUUCAGAAUUGGAUAUGAUAAUUUUUCACCAAGUAGUUUGGAUGUAGUGAGCUACUUUUUCUAAGUUACUUUAGUUAAAUAAGCUAUAUUUUUCAUAAGGGUAGCUUUAGUAUAGCUUCACUUCUUCCAGUGUGAAGUAAUUGGUAGCUUGGUAAACUAUUUUCAGAGUAGCUUACCCAACACUGGUCAUAUGACAGGUCAGGUCAAGGUUGCCAGAGCAACACUUGCAUCGAAACCGUUGAGUCUAAGAAAUGGAUUUCCCCCAACCAUAAUACAUGCAUGAGAAUAAACGCUAGAACAUCUUCCUGUUCAACCACUGACUUCCCAGUUAGUCGUGACUGCCUUCCACAGUUAGAAGAAUUGAUAAAAGUUUAGAAUUUCCUUUUAGUAUUUAUUCAGGCUAGAUUAAACUGUGUUAUUAAGGAAAAGUGUUAUUAAAGAGUAUUAUUAAAGAUCUCUAACAGAUAUUCUGUGUAACCCCCCUGAAAGGUUCAAUCCUGGCCCGGAACGUUUCGACACGCUCCUGUCCCCCCCGCACCAGCCCCCCCUCUGACCUAGAGGAGGAGGACGAAGGGGGCAACGACCGAGGGUAUGUCACUCCCGUUAUGUCAAUGAUCCAAACAUCAUCACUUUGUCUCUGUCUGUCUGUCAACAUGGCGCUCGUCAUUUUGGUUUGAAGGACAUUUACAUUUACAUUUAAGUCAUUUAGCAGACGCUCUUAUCCAGAGCGACUUACAGUUAGCGCAUACAUUAUUUUAUCGAACCCACAACCCUGGCGUUGCAAACACCAUGCUCCACCAACUGAGCUACAUCCCCUGCCGGCCAUUCCCUCCCCUACCCUGGCAACGCUGGGCCAAUUGUGCGCCGCCCCAUGGGUCUCCCGGUCGCGGCCGGCCACGACAGAGCCUGGAUUCGAACCAGGAUCUCUAGUGGCACAGCUAGCACUGCGAUGCAGUGCCUUAGACCACUGCGCCACAAAAUGUACACUAGACGAGUGAGGGGAGUCAUCUUUGACAGCGCUGCUCUAUUAAUAUACAAUAGUCGUGGUUAUGUUUCAGUUAGUGUUGACCUGUUAUUCCAUAGAUCAGGGGUGUCAAACGUCCGGCCCGCGGGCCGGAUCAGGCACGCAAGCGGGUUUAAUCCGGCCCGCGAGAUGAUUUUGUAAAGUAUAAAAAUGGGCUGCAAUUUUUCUAUAAAAUAAACUGCUGUUCCAAUUGCGUCCACUGGAUGGCGCAAUAGCAAUUGUAUUAAGCAAGCAAACUGUUUAUACCGGGGCAGAGCAAGUAGGUCAAGCAACUGCAGCCAGUCCCGAUGAGCUACUUUGUUUUGCCCACGAUAUUUAUUACGGUUUCUACUUUUAACAUUAUGUGCUUUGGCACCCUCAUUGCCCCAAUAUGUCUCUGUCAAAAAGAGAAAAGUGGACGCAGAGUGCAGUGUUCCAAGAAAAAUGGUCAUCCUCCUAUUUAUUCACGGAAUUGAAUGGGAAAGCUGUAUGUUUGGUGUGUUCACAGCAUGUUGCAGUGCUGAAAGAAUAUAACCUUCGUCGCCACUAUGUGAGUCUUCAUGCCGACAAAUAUGACAACUUUCAAGGACAGCGGAGAAGAGAGAAGGUGAAUGAACUGUUGGCGGGUCUGAAGAAACAGCAGUCUGUGUUUACUCACAGCCGAGACAUCAGUGACGCUGCAGUGAAAGCUAGCUACCUCAUUGCUAAUGAAAUCGCAGUGGCUUCAAAACCAUUUAGUGAGGGUGAAUUUGUAAAAACAUGCAUGAUGAAGGCAGCGGAGAUUGUGUGCCCUGAAAAGCCCCAGGCUUUUGCAAAUAUCAGCCUGACAAGAAACACAGUUGCAGACAGGAUUUCCGAUCUUUCAGUGGAUUUGGACAGCCAGUUGAAGCAAAAAGUAAAGUCAUUUAUUGCGUUUUCGGUUGCAAUUGAUGAAAGCACGGACAUUACAUUGUCAUCCGCGGAGUUGAUGACACAUUGACCGUCACCGAGGAGUUUGUGGAGUUGGUGCUGAUGACAGAUACAACGACAGCAGCUGAUAUUUUCACUGCACUCGUCGGCGCGCUGGACAGGGUCGGAGUGGACUGGUCCCGCGCUACAGAUGGUGCGCCCUCAGUGAUCGGGAAAAAAGCAGGCGUUGAAACAAAGUUCAGAGAGAAAGUGCAAUCUGCAAAUGGAGGACGUGAUUUUUGGUCUUUUCACUGUAUUUUGCACCAGGAGGCUUUGUGUUGCAAGUCAUUAAAGAUGGAUAAUGUUAUGAAGGUGGUCAUCCAAACUGUUAAUUUCAUCCGAUCCAGAAGCCUGAAUCACUGUCAGUUUGACAGCCUUCUCAGAGAAAAAGACCACAUCUAUGGCCUGCCAUACCACACUGAGGUAAGAUGGUUAAGCCGAGGUGCUGUGCUGAGGCAUUUCUUUGAUUUACGAGAAGAAAUUGAACAGUUCAUGGAAGAAAAGGGCAAACCAGUGUUAGAAUUUCAUUCCGCAGAAUGGAUGCAGGACCUUGCAUUUAUGGUGGAUGUUACAGAGCACCUGAAUAACUUGAACAAACAGCUGCAAGGGCGCAACAAAGUUGUCACGCAGUAUUAUGACAGCAUACGUUCUUUCAAGUUGAAGCUGUCAUUGUGGGAGACGCAACUCGCCGGUGGCGAUGCAGCUCACUUCCCUUGUCUGAAAAAUGUGUGCGCAACCCAACAUGUGGCAGACAUGAAGCGGUUCAAAGAUAAAAUAACGGGUCUGUUACGGGAGUUUGAGCAACGCUUUCAGAUUUUUGGUGAACUGGAGAAAGACUUCAACGUUUUUUGCUCGCCAUUCACCGUGAAUCCCUCUGAUCUGCCCGUCAGCAUCCAACUUGAAAUAAUAGACUUGCAGUGUGACUCGGAUUUGAAGGGCAAAUUUGCCGCAGCUGGCUUGGACACAUUUUAUCAGAAUCUCUUGCCAGGCUACCCCAACUUGACAGCCCUCGCUGCAAAACUGUUGUGCAUGUUUGGAACCACAUAUCUUUGUGUGCAAGUUUUCUCUGUAAUGAGCAUAAAUAAAACAAAGCUGCGCUCAAGGCUCACGCACAAGCACUUGAAUCACAUCCUGAAAUUGGCUGCCACUAAGGAUGUGACGCCUGAUAUUGAUGCGCUGGUGAAAGCUAAAAGAUGCCAGGUAUCAGGAGUCAAAUAAACUAUGCAACCCCACUUAAAGUGCUGCAUGAGACACCCUGAUAUAGUUCUGUGAUCUGUGAUAUACUUCUGUGAAUCACUGAGGCAUUGUGUGUUUGUGUGUUCUUUUUCUUUAGAAUUUUCAAAUAAACUUGGUGUUUUAUGAUUAAUAGUGAUGUUGUGCUUGUACUAUUUUGGACACACUGUCCUCAGGCUCCAGCUUUAUGUUUUAUGUUGAUCGUAUUAAAACAAAGAAAACAAUCUGAAGUUGUUGUUUUUAAGUUAUAUAUACCAUGAUUUUACCGGUCCGGCCCACUUGGGAAUAGAUUUUCCUCCAUGUGGCCCCUGAGCUAAAAUGAGUUUGACACCCCUGCCAUAGAUGUUCCAUUACACUAUGGGGGUUAAUGUGUGAAUGAUUUAUUCAAUAUUUGUGUAAAUUAAUGUGCAUAUGACUGUUGGUUUUUUCCAGGGAACGUAAAGUUGGGGGGUUGAAGUUGGUGAAGAAGAAACCACGCCGACGGCACACUGAUGUGAGUAUUGAUACAGCCGGGCAGGGGUGCGACAUAGAGAUACACCCCUAAGGAAACCACAUCUCUCUACCUCAGUUCCUAAUAGUAUUGGGUCAAGUCUGUUGGUCUUAUUGUAUGUGGUGAAAAGUUAGAUUGUAUGAUGAUCACAGUGCCAACAGGAUUCUCUGAGGCCGCGUUAGUUCUCUGUGGCAGCCAGGGAGUGAUGUAUAAUGGUCUCCAAUGGUCCGUUCCUGAGUGUUCUUAGCCAGCCAGCCUGCUAGUAAAGGGCCUCCCUGUGUAUCUACUGAGAGACAGAUCACUAUGGGAGUUCUGACUGGGCUCUUCAGUUCGACAGCCAUUAACUUCCACUGUGUCUGUCGCCCCCUGCAGGACCCCAGCAAGGAGUGCUUCAGCCUCAAGUUUGAUCUGAACGUGGACAUCGACACAGAGAUCGUCCCCGCUGUGAAAAAGAAGACCCUAAGGUGAGAAAGAAGGCGACUGGGGAGUGGUGGGAUCAUUAUGAAUGGUUUGACUAAGCCUGUAAGGCAGGGAUCAUCAACUAGAUUCAGCCGCUGGCUGAUUAAUUUUUUUCUUGAGCGGAUGUUCAGGGGGCCGGAACAUAAUUACAAAUCCUUUGUAGACUGCAAAUUGACCGCAAGAAGCCCAAAUGGAUAUAAUAUUUGACUAAAACAUAAUAAUUUCAAACCUUGCUUACAUUUGUAUAUGAUCACAUAUAUAUAGAUAUAUAUAUAUAUAUCUAUUAUGCAUGGGAAUACUUUGGAACAGAUUUCCAAAGUAAAAAUCACUUGGAGCUGGAUUGCUAGUGUUUUUACAGUCUUUUGUGUCCAACAAUUUAAAAACUUGGUGGGCCAAAUAAAGUCACCGGUGGGCCACCAGUUGGGAAACCCUGCUGUAGGGUUUGGUCUGGCUUGUCCAAGCCAUGGUACCAUAGUGAUAUACAAUAUAAUACUGUUCUAUUCUUUGGAUAGGACACACUGUAUUACAUAAUAUGCUAUUGAAUGGUCUCUGUUAACUCUAUGCUCUCUAUCCUGUGUUUAUAUAACUGUAUUGUGUGAAUGGUCUUUGUUAACUCUGUUCUCUCGGUCCUGUGUUUUCCUCUAUUCCAGGGAGGUGAUGGGUCCUGUGUUUGAGCGUAAAGGUAUUGAGUUAUCCCAGGUAGAUCUGUUCCUGGACCAGUCCAACACUCCGCUGUCCCUCAACUUUGAGGCUUACCGCUUCGGGGGGCACUAUCUCAAGGUCAAAGGUAACUGCAUCAGAGGACCAGUCAGCAUACACCAGAACACCACAUCUUAUUUUGGUUCCCUCAAGUUUCACAAUGAAUAAACUAGAAUAGUAUAUAUUAACUAUAUUUUCCCAUUGAAUCUACCUCUGUCUGUGGAUUUAUGGGUGUUUUGAGUCUAAACCAACAAAGGUACAAUGUGUUUAAACUUUUGAUUACUUCCCAGCACUGACAACUAUAUUUUUAGGGAUGACAAAACAUGAAACAAACACCAAUCUAAUGAAUUGGCCUUUAUUAGAGAAUAUUUGGCUUCUUUUUUUACCCCCCAAGCAUAAACAAUCCCUGGGUGGGACAGAUUGCAGGGCCUUAGUUUCCUGUAUCUCCCUUGGUUCAGAAGAAACUGGACAUGGCGUCCCCCAUCUUGGAUCCCUGCAUGAGACUAUUAUCUGUAGCAGCAAAUCAUCAAAUAUUUUUUGGGAUUUGUCACAUGUGCCGAAUACAACAGGUGCAGACUUUACCGUUAAAAUGCUUACUUAAGAGCCCUUUCCCAACAAUACAGAGUUAAAAAGUAAGAAAAUUAGCAAAUGAAAAUAGUAACACAAUAAAUAACAAUAAUGAGGCUAUAUACAAGGAGUACCGGUACUGAGUCAAUGUGCAGGGGUACGAGGUUGUUGAGGUAAUAUGUACAUAUAGGUAGGGGUAAAAGUGACUAGGCAAUCAGGAUAGAUCAGUGGAGGUUCUUAAUAAUGGCUGGAACGGAGCGAAUGUAAUGGCAUCAAACCAUGUGUUUUAUGUAUUUGAUACCAUUCCACCCCUCCUCACCUCACUGUCCCCACCUAGUCUGAACUGAAGAAACUCAUCCAGUGCAAUCUGCAGCCUUUUAGCCAAUCAUCUUAAAACCUGGCCUUGAAGGAGUAUCUUUACACAAUCCAAUGUUUAAGUGGGAUUUAAGACUAUCCACUUGAUUAGAGGUAAUGUUUUAGAGCCUGUGGAGAGAGAACUUCAACAGGAAGCUAGAGCAAAAAAAAAAAAGAAUGUUAUGUUUUAUGGGAUGUAUUUUUCUAUUUCAAAUAACUAGCUUCAAUAAAGAUAAUUUUUAAACAGGAAGCUAACCCUCCAUGUUGGUUCCUCCUCAGCGCGGCCAGGUGAUGAACUGAAGGUUGAGCAGGGGGUGAAGGACCUGCGGUCGCUCAGUCUGCCCAACAUGAAGCCCUCUUUGGUGGACCAGGGUCCCUACAUCCUUACCCCCGGUAGUGAGACGGUGGAGCACAGCUCCCUUGGACGCAAGGAGGGCAACGUCGACCUGCUGGUCAGUGCAGCCUCUACAGUAUGUUCUCACUCACUCACUACACCCGAUGUACACCAAAUCUCUUUCUCUCACACACAAACCACACACACAUUAAACACACACACACAUACACAAACAUAUUCAUGCAAUAGCUAAAUACAUUCAUACAGACACUUGUAAGCACACUUAAACUAUAAAUCCUAUCUGACACUACCUCCUCAUCUCUAA